AUGUUUUCUUGGAAGGCGCUGAGCAGGCCGUCCCAAGUUCGCCAUGACGAGGAACACCAGCCGCUGCUCCCUGAAUAUGACGAGGCGACGGAGAGGCAGACUCGCCUGCAUGAGAAGCUUCACACGUACCAGAUGCUGCGGGCUCUUUCGAAUGGCUACAUGCCCUCAAACGAACAAGUCAUCACUCACCUUCGCACCUUGCUGGCGGCUGAUGUUCUCAACCCGCAGACUCCUGGCCUGAGUCCCUCGGGCAGGGCGCUGGUUCGCACAACUCGCAUAUGGCUCGGCGAACUGAUCGACUUGUUGAAGUCCAAAAACUCCAAAGACCAGAUCCAAGAUUUUCUCUGGUACUUGGCCAAGGCACGGCUCGAAGUAGACACAUCUGAAAUCCACGCCAGGGCUACGAUGGCGAAAUGGAAGGCUGACGCGAUGGCCGCUGUCGACAGUCUCAAGACCGUUGGAUCGCUUCUGCUUACCAAUUCUGAUUUUCGAAUUUUCUUAACGGAUCUAUCUACUGUUUCGCGUGAGGUUUUUCGGGAUACUGCUUUUUCACUGAGAGAUGUAGCCCAUGAUACGGGCAAGAAGCUCGAGCCCGCAGAAGAAGAGCAGCAGGCUCUUAAACAGGCCGGUGGAGAUGAACAGCCCGCGCCUUCAACGGAGGACUUGCAGGAAGAAGUCAUGGAAGUAGCGGAAAUCGUCACGAGUGGCGCUGGCGACGUCGUAGGCACAGCGGCCCGCAGCGCUCGGGAUCACCUCCAGGGAGACGAGCAAGAGGCCUUGACGUAUCGCCUCAAGCAAGCCGUGCUGAAACUCCGCAAAAGGCCAAAUUAUUCAGAUUCCGUUUCUACGAUUUCGCUUCUCCUCAGGCGCUAUCUCAAAACUUACGCGCGUGCUGCGGCUUAUACGGCUGAGGUUAUUGAAGAUGAUGUCAACAUCAACCCAGAAGCCGAUGAAGCUCUGCAUGAUUUUUGGAAGCUAAUUACGUCAUUCGGUAGCAAAGACGCGUGGGAUGAAGUCGAAAAGUCAUUCCAUCAAGUUGUGGAAAUUGGCCAGUCCGAUCCGGCAUUUGAAGAUCUUGUAGACCACGUCUCUAAGCUGGUGCAGGAUAUCCUGAUGGAUCCAGACUUUUUCAGCAAUGCGGAAAAGCGUUUUGAAGAUGUUCGCGAUAGGUCGAGAGAGCUCGCCACGGAAACUUCAAUCAGGGACAAGCUCGAUGACCUGCUUCGUAGUCUGAGCUUGGCCUUGCGCUCUGUGGGUGAGGAUGCCGAAGUUACUCAACUCACGCGCAGUUCAGCUCGCAUCGCGCACAUCAUCUCGCCGCCGAAUCAGUACUUCAACACAGAAAUGACCUCCGAUUUAAUCAAUGUGUUCCUACCAGUGUUGAUACAGGCGGUUCAGUAUGUGCCGAUCCCACGGCUCGAAGUUUCGACUCCGGAUGUCGAUUUGCUUGUUGAAAAUUUAAUUUUGGAGCCUGGCCGCACAGUCAACAAUUCUUCGUUCCUCCCGUAUAGGCUGCAGGUUUCAACUCGAAAUGAUGUCGACAUUCGUAAAGCUCGCUUUCAGAUCUUAUCAACCGUAACGUCCCUGGCUACGAUCAAGAUCUCGGGACUGUCCAUCGCGGCGGAGGAGCUGGGAUACUGGCUGCAGUUGCAUUCUGGUAUACUGGGAUUUUCCGACAAAGGCAUUGCGAGCAUCGAAUUGGACGAGCGUGGCAUUGACCUGAUUCUGGAUAUUGAAAUCGGCCGAGACCGACUCGAAAAGAUUGUCUCUCUGCGCAAAGCCAGCGUUCGUAUCCACCAUCUCAAUUACACUCUUCGUGGCUCCAGGUUUUCAUUCUUUGGCUGGCUUCUCAAGCCCUUUAUCCGGCCAAUUGUGAAACGGGCAAUGGAGAGGAGCAUUGCUUCCACAAUCGAGGACGCACUGCACACUCUGAACCGAGAACUCGUCUUUGCCCGAGAACGUUUGCGCGCAACCCAAAUCGCCAGCCCAGAAGAUCUAUGGACUUUUAUUAGAGCUGUGGCCGCUCGACUCAUCCCCAGGCCACAUCCAGAUGUCGAGGCUCGUAUUGGCGUGCGUCCGGAGAUAUUCCGCGGCCGUUAUGCGCCGGGAAGCCUGGUGGAGCUCUGGGAGCGUGAAGCCCAAGAUGCCAGCCAGAAAAUCUACGAGUAUGAAAGAGGCGGAUGGCGCAAUGACAUAUUCGGUGUGCGAACUCGCCCGGCGUAG